AUGAGAAAUAUGCCAGGAGUAUCAUGCAGUGUGGCUACAUGUCGAAACAACAGCAUUAAGGCAAAAGAAACGGGUGAAAAUCUUAUGUUUCUCAGAUUCCCAAAGGACUUUAAAAUUCAAAAAGAAUGGGUUAGAAAAUGUGCAAAAAAAGAUGAAUGGAAUCCUAAUCAUAAAAGAAUUUGCAGUUUACAUUUUAAGUUAGAUGAUUAUGAGGAUGAAAUGAAGGCUAGAUUGAUGAAUAUCAAACCUAAGAAAUUGAAAAUUGAUGAAGAAUUAUCAAUAGCCUUUACUCUUAGGUAUUUGAGCAAGAGAGCAUACAUUUAUGUAAGAGAAUCUUUACAUUAUCCCUUACCUGGAUUGUCCACCUUACAGCGGUGGGCUGCAAAUAUAAAUUAUGGCCAGGGUUCUUUUUGAUCAAUGGAAGCAACCAGUUUGUAUAAGCUUUGAUCAAAAAGUAACCAAAGAAAUAUUAGAAACAGUCAUGUCAAAGUGAUAUCAAAUAAAUUAUAAUGUUGUGGCUUAUGUUUCUGAUAGUGGAAGUGGGA